CAUCCGCGUGAGCGUCGGCGGAAGUCCCACCCCCCGUGCGCAGAGGGGCUGCUGCGGCUGCCGAGGAGCUGCUGAGGACAACAGGCCCAAUUCGCCCACUCGCCGCCCGCCUCGCCCGACCAUGAAGUGGAUGUUCAAGGAGGACCACGCGCUGGAGCAUCGGUGCGUGGAGUCCGCCAAGAUCCGGGCCAAGUACCCCGACCGCGUCCCGGUGAUCGUGGAAAAGGUCUCGGGAUCUCAGAUCGUGGACAUCGACAAGAGGAAGUACCUGGUUCCCUCGGACAUAACCGUGGCUCAGUUUAUGUGGAUCAUCAGGAAGCGGAUCCAGUUGCCCUCCGAGAAGGCCAUAUUUCUCUUUGUAGACAAGACUGUCCCCCAGUCUAGUUUAACCAUGGGACAGCUUUAUGAGAAGGAGAAAGAUGAGGAUGGCUUCUUGUACGUGGCUUACAGUGGAGAAAACACCUUUGGUUUCUGAUUUCAUCUCCAUCCCUGCUGCUUUGUAAAUAGCCUCUUGUUCUUCAUCAUGACCCUGAGGGGCAUUUUUCAUUUGUCACUGGGUUGAUUUAAGAUAUAGAUUUUUGUUGGUUAGCUUAGUAAUUUAUAAAAUUUUAUUUUUCCAUUACACGUAUAACCAUAGCUGUAAAUUUUAUUGCAUCCUUUCCGCUGGGACAUAUUUAAUGACAUUAUUCAAAUACGGAUGCAACCGUAGAUGGGAGAGGGAUUUUGAAAUUAAAUAUUAGCAUAAUUACAGUUUCAUAGAAAUGGCAGUUUCUGUAUUACCCUAAGGAUGCUGAUAUGUUUAUCUUGGUUAGCGUGUUGCUUUUAUUGAAUUUUGCUUAAGAAGCAACAAUUAAAGUUACUGUCACAAAAA